CGCCGUAUGUCAGGUGAGGGAUCAGGGAAAUGAUUCUCCUUGAAGGCAAAACAUCUCCUUGGAAACUCGUGAAAAGCCCUUUCUGCUCUUUCACAGUUUUGACCAUGAUCCACAGCAGCCUCCUCGAUUUCAAAUUCAUGAUCCGGAGAAUUACUGGGAAAAGUGCCCUCAUUUUCUACAAUGUGUAUGGAUGCCACUGUGGACUGGGUGGGAGAGGGCAGCCUCUGGAUAAGACAGACUGGUGCUGUCAUGCCCAUGAUUGCUGCUAUAAGGAGUUAACCAACCAGAGCUGUCACCCAUUUUUUGAUGAUUAUCAAUACUCCAUCAUCAACGAAGACGUUAUGUGCUGGAAUACAACUAACUCCACCUGUGCAAAGCAAGCGUGUGACUGUGACCGGACAGCGGUCCUGUGUUUCAGAAAGGAAGCAAGCAGCUAUAACAAAGGAUACCGUUAUUACUUCAAUUUCUUCUGCAAAGGAUCUACCCCCAGUUGCUAAAUAAAGCUUUAUUCGCCGUCUGGCUACACAACAGA